AUGAAAUUCCUCUCUAUCAAAAAUAUAUUUGAAUUUAAAGACAAUCAUAUAGAUGGAGUCAGAAACAAUCUAUUCAAAAAUAUAAAUUAACUUUAGGGCUUGGGAUUACCGGAUGUUUGUAUUGUAACUAAAUAGUAGCCAACUCAUGUGAUGAAAUCCACUUUUGAGACCUAAUCCUCGUUUCAUUUUAUUUAAGGGUUGUGUCCUCAAUCGUAGGCUGAUGUUUUUGCAUACCUUCAAACGAUUUUACAAAAUUUAGAAAAAUCAGAGCAUUAAGGCUUGUUCUCUAAAAAUUAGACUAUUUCAAAAUUAACUUAUAUUUGUUACGAUAUUUUUUCCAAGACUUUCUUGGUGUGCGAGAUUUAAGUGUUUCUGGAAGGGCAACAUAAAUCAAAAACAUUCGGAGUAUAAGAGAAUCAGCAAUACAUAUUACCGACUAGGUAGCAUUGGCAAGGAGUUUAUAUAAGUAGUAUAUUAAGAGCAAUUGAUGAAGAAUUUAAGCUAGCAAGCGUUGGUAGAUUCUUUAAUAAUAUAAACUUAAAAAACAAUAUAAAGUUGUCUGAAGUAAUACAGAUGCUUUUAGAAUUAAUAACAACUAAUGUAAGCCUUUUUUAAGACCUUGACAAAAUUAGCUCAAUAAAAGAUUUUCCUGAACUUAAAGAUGUUUUGUAUUAUUUAUGUUGGCCUUUGGAAAUUUUAGUUUCGUAUUUAGAGAAAUCUAAUUAACUAUAAAUAUUAAUAAUAGAAUUAGAUAACAUAGAAGAUAGCAUAGUAUUUUAUUUGAUUAAAAGCAUUUUGUUCUAUAAAAUGAAAAAUUACGAAAAAUCUCUAUAAUGCUUGGUACAUAUAUCUUGUAUCUGUUCACAAUUUAAUCUUGUUAAAUACAUAUUUGGAAAGGUCCUCAUUAAACUUGGUAGGCAUAAAUAAGCUUUCUUGAUGCUAAAAGACACUUUAGUGAGCUCCUAUGAGAAUUAAAUAGUUUGGAUUACUUUGGCUUCAAUAUUUAGAAAGAAAAAAAAUUAUCAAGUAUGUCUGAGCCUAUUAAACAAAGCAGCAGAAUUCUAGGUAAAAAGAACAAGAAAAAGUUUUUGGCGAGAAAUUCACAUAUAGAAUUAUCGAGUAUUGACUCAAGACUCUUCAAUCGUUAAUCUUACUGAUUUAGAUAAAGUCUAUACUGUAAUCAAUCCUAUUCAAGUAAAUAAAAUUGAAAGUUUCUCUUAAUUGAGUAAUCAUCCAGUACUUGAAUAGCUACUAUUGAGACAGAGAACUUUAGAUAAAAAAGAAUUAAAAAGUUGGCUUCUUUAAGCUCAAAAAUCGCUAAAUAAUCAGACCUAAAAAAUUGACAAGUCAACAAUUGAAUUCAUUUCAUCAAAUCAACUGCUUGAAAACAAAUAAGCACUAUCAUUAUUUCAAAAAGAAAUAAUUAGGCUUUCAAAUUAGGUGGGACAAAAAUAAUUGCAAAAAUACUUAUAACUAUAUUUCUAUAGUCCACCUCAUAGUUCUUAUUCUUUUUUUGAUACUAAAAUAGAUAAUAAUUGUUUCCAAAUAAAGUUAAAAAACAAGAAUUUAAAUAAUUUGUAAAAAAGAGAUCCUGCUAACUACACUACAAUUUCUUUAGGAGAUAUUGAUUCGGAUGAGGAAACGGAACCUGUAUUUUUAAAGUAAAACUUAAACAAAACUUUUGACUUUACGAAUGCUUGUUCUCAAUCUACCUUGUAAUCUCCAAAUUCAAAAAAGAAGCAAUCAAAUACUAAAAUUUCACAACAAUUAUUGCAAAAAUCAGUUAGCAAAACAUAUUAGGUAAUUCAAGAGAAUGCUUUCGAGAGUGUUGAAUCCGAAAGAGAUUGUGCAAAACAAUAUAAAGAAUUUGGUAUUGGAAUUUUUUAAAAAAAGAAAACAAUGGAAACAUUAAGUGAACAAAGUUUAACAAAAGAUGUUAAAGUUAAAAUGUUUGGAUUGAUUGAUCAUUUGGGUCAAAAUAUUCCUUAGGAUAAACAAAAUGAAAUGUGUGAUUAAAUUAAAAGGAAAAAGGAUACUUUACAUACUGCACUUUUAGAAUUUAUAGAUUAAAUUUCGGUGACUUAAAACAUUCUCGAUGAUUUAUUUUACAACAGCAACCAAAAAACAAAGACUUUCUAAACAUCUAUACAAUCAUCUUUCAAUUGUUCUGAAAAGCAAACUCCAAAACCAAAAAUACCAUAGAUCUUUAAAUCCUAAUUAAAAGAAUCUGUGAUGAAAAAAAAUUAUCUGAAAAAAAAAAUAGAUAUUAAAGAUAUUUAUAAUUUGUAUGGAUUAUAGCUUUAAGAUAAUGAUGAAUGGUCAACCUAUUUUUAAUUUACUAAGCAAGAAUCAAUAUUUCUUUAUAAGUGUAGCAAGAUAGCUAUGAGACUCAAAUAAUAGGAAUUAGCAUAAAAACUUCUUGAAAAAAUAAAUGCCCGUGUUAUUUCUGUUUAAAUUUCGUAUUCAUUAUUACAAAUCUAUAAGGAUGAUCAUUCAUAAUUAAUUUAAUUAAUCUAAAAAAUAAUGGUUGAUUUCAUAGAGUGUGGAAUCUCAAAAAUAGAAUCAAUGCCUUUAUGGAUUGAAAUUCAUUUGAUUCGAUUAAUCAAAUUAAAAGGAUCUAAUUAUGUUUUGGGAUUACUAGGAUAAUUAGAAAAUGAAGAUGCAUUUUAAUUGAUGAAAAAGAUUGUUCUAUAAACUGAAAACCUUCUUUGA